AUGAAGUUUGGGAAAGAGUUCAGGACCCACUUGGAGGAGACCCUCCCAGAGUGGAGAGACAAGUUCCUCUGUUACAAGCUUCUGAAGAAGCUCCUCAAGCGCUUACCCGCCGCCACCGCCAUCGCUGCCGUCGAUUCUCUCCCUUCCCAUCUCAACUUUCGGCAACAGCCGUCAGAUGCCGACGCUGCGGCCGCUGGUGAUGGUGGCCGCGGCUUCCGUCCUUUUGCUGGCCUACAGGAUUGGUUCGUUGGGAUUCUCAAUGAGGAGGUUGAGAAGUUGAACGAUUUCUACGUUGAUACGGAGGAAGAUUUCGUCAUUCGUUUCCAGGAGCUGAAAGGAAGAAUCGAGCAAGUUAAGGAAAAGAGCAGCAGGGGUGGAGCUUUUACAUCAGAGAGUUCAUUCAGUGAAGAAGUGAUGGACAUUCGUAAGGACUUUGUCACCAUUCAUGGGGAGAUGGUGCUUCUCACAAAUUAUAGCUCGUUGAAUUUUGCAGGGAUCGUCAAAAUUCUAAAGAAGUAUGAUAAACGAACCGGAGGAUUGUUGCGUCUACCUUUCACACAACUUGCCCUUCGCCAGCCUUUCUUUAUAACAGAACCUCUCACAAGACUGGUCCGUGAAUGCGAGGCAAAUCUGGAGCUCCUCUUCCCAUUGGAAGCAGAAGUCAUUGAAGCUACCCCCACCCCCACCAGAUGA